AUGCUCCAGAACUUCGAGAGUGACUCCGACUGGGACGAAUCGGACCCACGUCAGAAAAGCUUCAGAGAGUGCGGGGAGCUGCGGUUCUACCACAAGAAGCAGCAGCUCAACUCCAGCGAAGUGAGCGUCGCGAGGAAGCGGAAGGUCGAGACUGCGAGCUCAAAGCCGCCAGGGAGGACCUCGUCCGGUUCCGUGGUGAAAGCAGAGCCCGGCAAAGUUCUAGAGAAGAGCGUGCCUGUCACCGUGAUCACCGGCUUUUUGGGGAGCGGGAAGACGACCUUGCUGAACCGCAUCCUCCGAGAGCAGCACGGGAAGCGGAUUGCGGUCAUCGAGAACGAAUUUGGCGAGGUGGGGAUCGACUCCACCCUCGUGGAGCAGGCGGAGCGCACCACUGAGACGAUCGUCGAGAUGAACAAUGGUUGCAUUUGCUGCACCCUUCGUGGGGAUUUCAUCCAGGGAAUGCAGAAGGUGCUCAAGGAUGUUCAAUCCCGCGGCAGCCAUCUCGAUGGCGUCUUGAUUGAAACGACUGGACUUGCGGACCCCUCCCCGAUCGCUUCGACCUUCUUCCUGGAUCCAUUCAUGCAGGAGAACUACCGGCUGGACUCCAUCCUCGGUGUCUGCGAUGCCAAGCACUUGCUGGACCAGCUUUCUGCAGAUCGGGAGAAGUCUUGCGUUCACGAAGCGUCGGAGCAGGUUGCCUUUUCCGACCGGCUGCUGCUGACGAAGACCGACCUCUGCACAGAUACGGAGAUCGACGGGGUGCUGCAGCAGCUGAAACAGCUGAAUCCCUUUGCCAUCGUGCUGCCCAUGAACCUGAAGGACACGGAGAAACCGGUUCCUGUAGACCAGCUCUGCGACGUGCGGGCCUUCUCCCUCGACCGGGCGCUCGAGUUUGACUCCACGUUCCUAGACGAUGAUGACGAUCACAUGCACGACUCAUCGAUCAAGGCACUGGGAGUGAAGUUGCGCGGGGGGCUCCACCAGGCGAAGUUGAACAGAUUCUUCGAGGAAGUCUUGAAGAAGUAUCCCAAGGAGAUGUACCGGAUGAAGGGCAUCCUCGAUGUCAAUGGCAUUGAGGAGCGAUAUAUCUUCCACGCGGUGAACUGCCACUUCGGCGGCAUGCCCCAGGGCCCAUGGCCGACGGAGGGUCGCGAAAGCAAGGCGGUCUUCAUCGGCAAGGGCAUCGACCAUGCCUGGAUCGUCGACCGCUUGCGGACAUGUUUCGUCGAUCCCGGCUCCGGGGUGUUGGAAAGCAACGUCAAGUCCGCCCACGCGGCCUGA